UUUUCCCCAUGAAAGGCUUACCUAUCUCAGUUCAUCUUCCCGGCCCCUCCGAUCCACGGCUUGUCCCAAACUUUGACUUGUUUUCAUCUCCUGCUUCGACACUUUGACUACUCCGGGCUGCUCUGCUCUGUUCCCAUGGCGGCGGCGGCGGGCGAGCCGGAGGUGAUCCGGGACAAGGCGGCGAUGCGGGCGUGGUCGCGCCGCCGCCGGGCGGAGGGCAGGACGGUCGUGCUCGUGCCCACCAUGGGCUUCCUCCACGAGGGCCACCUCUCCCUCGUCUCCGAGGCUGCGGCCAUAGCCGGCCCUAUCGCUGUGGUCGUCUCCAUCUACGUCAACCCCAGCCAGUUCGCGCCCACCGAGGACCUUGCCACAUACCCCUCCGACCUCGCCGGGGACCUCCGCAAGCUCGCCUCCACCGGCGCCGUCCACGCCGUCUUCAACCCGCCGGACCUCUACGUCCGCGGCGGUACCGCCGUCGGUGCUUCCGCGGGUGCGGCUGUCUCCUGCCUGGAUGCGGCGGUGGGUGGUGACGGCCACGAGACGUGGAUUCGGGUGGAGCGGCUGGAGAAGGGGCUGUGCGGGAGCAGCCGGCCCGUCUUCUUCCGUGGAGUGGCCACCGUGGUGGCCAAGUUGUUCAACAUCGUCGAGCCCGACGUCGCCGUGUUCGGGAAAAAGGAUUACCAGCAGUGGCGACUCAUCUGCCGAAUGGUUCGUGACCUUGACUUUGCCAUAGAGAUAAUAGGAUCAGAAAUAGUGCGUGAAGCCGAUGGCCUUGCCAUGAGCUCUCGCAAUGUGCAUCUAUCACGUGAGGAAAGGGACAAGGCGUUAUCCAUUAAUAGAUCAUUGGUAAAUGCUAGAACUGCUGCACUGAAUCAUAGCAACAGUGCUAGCGAACAUAUAAAGAAACAAAUAGUGCAGACACUGACUGAAGCUGGUGGUCAGGUUGACUAUGUUGAGAUUGUGGAGCAAGAAAGUUUGGUACCUGUGGAGACGAUAGAUCGCCCUGUCACCAUCUGUGUCGCCGCAUUUUUUGGAAAGGUUAGGCUGAUCGACAACAUCGAGAUCCACCCACGGUCCUGAGGAUUUUAUUGUGGCCUUGGAAGUGUAUCUUGUGAAGUCUUCACCAGUGUGAUUUUUUUUUUUGUCAAAAUAAGAGUCAUGAUGUACACUGUAAGUCUGUAACACCACAUAUACAGAACUGGUAGGAUCCUUGAUAUAUGUCACUGGUUCAAGCCUUCCUCCUAUACCAAGGACAUAUUAUGAAGUUUUUGGACCAGCAAAAAGGAUUCUAGCAUAUGAAAGAAAGGGAUCCAUUCUCGGGGGUGUAUGCAUGAA